AUGGACGGUCAACGACAAUACAUCCCUGGGCCACCAACCAACCAGCAUCCUGUUAACCUGCCUCCGCCUCCUCCACGACCCCCCCAUCAGCAGGUACAACAACACCAGACUGGGGUGCCACCUCCACCUCCUGGUCCCCCUCCUGGGCCGCCCCCGGGAACCGGGUAUGGCGCACCUACGGGUUGGCAGCAAAGCUGGGGCAGACAGCCGAUGCCUAGCGGAUUUCCACCUCCACCCCCUCCGCCGCUUCACCAAAAUCAACAUAUAGCAGCAUACCGUCCACCUGCUCCUCUAGCGAUUGUCCCCCAAUCCGACACCCAACCACUCACUUCCGCAACCUAUAUACCCGGAAAUGAUACAAUUGGAGUUGGUAUUCCGCCCUUGUUCGAGACGAACGGACAAGCCUACGACUCCUACCCCCAGCAACGACAAGCGAGUAGCCAAACGUAUCACCCUGGCACCGAUGGAACCUAUAACCCACAAACACCAGCGGCCCGAGUUGCUCCUCCGUUUGCCCUACACAACAAUGUUCACGAGUUGGUGACCCACGAGAAUCCGCUGCAGAAUUCGGCUCAAGGCAUAGACCUCGCGAAAUCACCGAGCCAUCGACAUCAACCCAGUGGUGCGUCGCUCGGUGGAAUGUCUCCUAGCGAAGCUGCUAUUCAGUGGCCGCUGGACCGGGUACUUCUUUGGCUUGCAAAAAAUGGCUUCUCCAAAGAUUGGCAAGAAACCUUCAUGUCCUUGGAGCUCCAAGGAGCUGAUUUCCUCGAGCUUGGCUUGGCAUCUGGUGGACGAGGAAAUCUUGGGAAAAUUCACAAGGUUGUGUAUCCCCAGUUGGCCAAGGAAUGUGCGCGAAGUGGCACCGGAUGGGAUUCAACUCGCGAGCGAGAGGAGGGCCUGCGCAUGCGCAAGUUAAUCCGCCAGAUUCACGAUAAUGGAUCUGACUCUUCGAUCUCCACACCGAUGCGCGGAGAGCCGCCGGCAUGGGCUAGCACCUCUGCUGAGAGUGGGACUGGAUUCUAUACAAGCCAGAUGAUAGAGCCUCGUUCGGCUGGCCCGACGCCUGGUAUCAACGAUAUUACUCCUGAGCAACUGACCAAUGCUCAAAAUUCGUCAAAUGCGCAAAAGAACCUGCAAAUGCGCUCUGUCACCUUGCCCAUCCCCUCCGGUCAUGAUUCGCCAAUGUACGAUUCUCCCUCAAGAGAAUUUCCCACAUGGCUGCGAUCUGACUAUUCUAGAAAUGCCUUGGCGACAGUCAAUGAUCAUCGGCGCCAGAGCCCUUCCGUUUCUAGCGAGAACGGCACCCUUCCUCCUUCUCUGCGGGCCCAGGAUAGCCCGAAGAGUGGCAGUCCCGCGGCCCAAUAUGUGUCUCCUUCAUAUGCGGGGCUAACAUCCUCAUCUACCGGGGACCUGACAUUGAAGUAUGAACAUUCUCGUGGAAAUAGCACAGAGUCUAUUCCUGGGGUAGGACGGGGCUCUGCCACAAUGGGUCGGUACUACGACAGCCGCAGGCAAGGUCAGGAUGGUAACCGGCCGCAGGACCCAGGUCGACCAUGGAGCGGAGAAACUUCUUCGUCGUAUUCCAGAGAUCAUGGAAAGGGCAUCCUGAAUCUUUUUACCCGGAAAAAGGCGCAUAAAGCCGAUUCUUCGAGCCAUCCCUCACCAGAGGAUCUGGAGUCUCCCCCAAGCCCCGAACCUCGCACAAAUGGCUACCUGCCAUAUCAGCCUGGUUUCAAUACAAGUGACAUGUCUCUGGGCGAGCGUCCUUCUUCGGCCACAACGGUUAAGUCAAAGAAAUGGAUCUUCGCGACCAUGGAUGGCGUCAACUACCGCCUGAUUGAUAUCUCCGAUUGGGAUUCUGUGGAAACUCUACGCGCCGGCAUUUGCCAGAAGUUGGGCAUCUUCGACUGGAGCAGUGCCCAAAUUUUCCUCACUCAACCUGGUCAGACCGAGCACGAGGAUCCCAUGAGUGAUUCAAUCUUGGCAGUCAGCCGCCGGACUAAGUCUGACGCCUAUGGCUCUCUGAAAGUAUUCGUGAAAGGGGCCGCUGUUCAAGCCCCAGCAAACCACCUUCCUCGGUUCGACGGCCUUGGAGUCUCGAUACCCGUUGACAAGCCGGCCUCCCCCACGGCGGCGACUCAUGCCCCAAUCCAUCGGAAACCACUUGAAGAGGGAGCUCUUAACAGACUAUCACCGCAUGCCCAGACUAAGCCUAGUUCUGACCUUCUGGGCUCUCGGCAGACCACACUGAAGGCAUCAACGCCGAAAACGCCGGCAGACGGUUCUCCGGACCCUGGCCAAGCCUUUGAUGCCGACAAGACGGAUCUACUUGCUCGCCAUGAGGCACAUAUGCGCGAAGUCGAGCGGAAGCAAAAAGAGCACCGCAUUUCCCGACUUCCUCCGUCCACCACACAACAAUCACGGAAAGAUGCCUACGGCGAGACAGGGUAUAGACGUGAAGGUGUGAUUGACUUUGAUACACCACGCAUUUCACCGUACGAAGAGAAGAAGUCUGACAAGUCUGACACGCUGGUGCCUCUUCGGAAACCACCAGUUGCGCCAAACGAAUCUAACACCCUCACCAAAAUCAACUCGCUUAGGAAAGCUCCAGGUGAGCGCGGAGAUCGUCACCGGCCCCAGCCACAGUCUGCAGUGCAAACACAUGGUCUUGGAGCAGUACUUGCGAGCGUUGGUCGAAUGACGAGUGCCAUUGGCACUCCAUCCCCUUCGGUCCCGGUGCCUUCGACGCCGUCGUCAACCAAUCGGGACAGUGCUGGCUCGGAUUCAGACCCACCGAAUACGAUGGAUUCUGCCGUAACAGCUUCAAGUAGGACUACCUUGGGUAAGGCACACAGGCAGCUUGGCUAUUAUUCUGCAACCCCUUCUGUUGUAACCAUAGAUACUGACAAGUUGUCCGAUCCAGACUCCUCUAGGACUGCUUCCAAAUUUGCCGCCGAGCAAGGUCAAAAAUCACCUUCAUCGUUUGCUGCUCGCUCUGCUACAAAUACUUAUUCGCCCCAGAGCACGAUCUCUCAAAAACCGGGCUUGGUAUCUCGCAAGUCAUUUGGUCCCGAGUUCGAUUUCGAAGAGUCGGAAGUGUCCUUUUUGCGAACGCCACAACAGCCUGUGGCGCAAGCAGAUGAUGAUGGUGAUUCAUCUGAUGAUGGCCUCUUUGCAAUUCGACCUACAAGAAACGAGUCCCAGAAGCCCGAGCCCGAGCCUGAAAAGAAACGGAAGCCUUCUCUUACCCUGGAUACGGAUAAUAACAACCCGCGUCGGGCGGUCAGCUUCAUAUCUCCGAAUACUGCUUCCGGUGAGAGCUUUCCCGGACCAGCGGGGCACAGUUCCGGUGGAGAGGCUUCCGAAUCUCCAGAAAAAUUUUCAGGCACCUUUUAUGGGACAGACUCUUCAGACGACGAGAAGCCCCAACGGAGAGAUUCGUUUGCCAAUGGAGAUGUUUGGGCUAGCAGACCCGCCGUAGAGGGCGUUAUCGACAACCUGGAUAGUUUCUUCCCGGAUGUCGACCUGGAUGCUCCUUACCUCGAUGAGCCUCCGUCGCCAAAUGCCAAAGGGGACGUUGACAACGGGGCAACCAUCAGAGGCAAGCAAGAGGUUGCACAUGCACCGCAGCCGCCUGUCGAUAUAGGCAGUUACACACCGGAUGUAUUGACAAUGCAGCCUCCACCACCGCCACAAGGCGCAUCAAUCGUUGCUAGACGCAAUGUGGACCGCAGUGGCGGUCUGUCGCGGAAGAAGUCAAUUCGUGAAGUGGCUAGAGGUGCUGCACACAGAACCAAGAGUAUCAGCUCUUCGGGCCCUCAGCGAUCAGGCGAUCUACUUCGCCGUAAGAGUACCAAGAUGUUCGGCGCGAAGAUUAUGCAAAUCAGUCCCAAGCCAGGUACCAGACUCAGUCAGCUCGAUCCCAUCCCGCAAAACACCCCUCCAGGACCGAGCGGCUCUGUCCCACAGCGUCAGCCCACUUUCCGUAUCAUCCGUGGUCAACUUAUUGGCAAGGGAACCUAUGGUCGUGUGUAUCUGGGCAUGAACGCAGACAAUGGUGAAGUCUUGGCGGUGAAGCAAGUCGAGAUCAACGCCAGGAUCGCAGGAACAGACCGAGACCGUAUCAAGGAAAUGGUUGCUGCCCUGGACCAGGAGAUUGACACGAUGCAACAUCUCGAGCACCCAAAUAUUGUGCAGUACUUGGGGUGCGAGCGGGGCGAAAUGUCGAUUUCCAUCUACCUCGAGUAUAUUUCUGGCGGUUCCAUCGGAAGUUGUCUUCGCAAACAUGGCAAAUUUGAGGAGAGCGUUGUCAAGUCUUUGACCCGCCAAACCCUUGGUGGCUUGGCUUAUCUGCAUGACAUGGGUAUUCUCCAUCGCGACCUGAAGGCGGAUAAUAUCCUCCUCGACCUUGACGGAACUUGCAAGAUCUCCGACUUUGGUAUCUCCAAGAAAACAGAUGACAUCUACGGCAACGACUCCACCAACUCCAUGCAGGGCUCAGUCUUCUGGAUGGCCCCGGAGGUCAUCCAGUCCCAGGGCCAGGGCUACAGUGCUAAAGUCGACAUCUGGUCCCUUGGGUGCGUGGUGCUGGAGAUGUUUGCUGGCCGCCGGCCGUGGAGCAAGGAAGAAGCCAUCGGGGCUAUCUUCAAGCUGGGAAGCCUCAACCAGGCUCCGCCUAUCCCCGACGACGUUUCCAUGAACAUCAGUCCUGCAGCUCUUGCAUUUAUGUACGACUGCUUCACAGUGGAUUCCUCCGAACGUCCCACUGCGGGCACCUUGCUCACCCGUCACCCCUUCUGCGAGUCAGAUCCUACUUACAAUUUCCUGGACACGGCGCUAUAUGCCAAGAUCCGUCACGUUCUGUGA